AUGGGGGCUGAGAAGUCCCCCUUCUCUGACUCCAGUCCCUAUGUUCCUGCUGAUAGUCAGCCCUACAUGAACUCAGGAACAAACUCACCACACUACCUCAGGUGUUUCCACAUCUCAGGAACAAACUCACCAUACUACCUCCUCAGGUAUGUCUGCAUGACCUCAGGAACAAACUCACCAUACUGCCUCAGGUAUGUCUGCAUGACCCUCAGGAUCAAACUCACCAUACUCCCCUCAGCUACGUUCAUCAUGGUGUUUUUCUUUCUGUGGAAUCUAAGGACGGUAAAGGCAUCUGGUACACUCCACUCGAACAUGCUGAAGAAUGUUCUGAGGGCACCGAUGUCCUUCUUUGACACCACACCUAAGGGCAGGAUUGUCAAUCGGUACUCCCAGGAUAUGGGCACCAUCGACAUCAGGAUGCCGAUCACGGUGGAAUGGCAAGGUGUACGUCUGGAGGUCAUAGGAAACGUCAUCGUUCUGGCCGCCUCCCUAUUUGACGUCAUGUCACGUGACACCCUGUCAGGAGGACUUGUUGGCUUGUCGGUCUCCUAUGCUUUUGAGAUAACCGCUAACCUCAACUGGAUGGUGCAGCUGGUGUCAGAAGUAGAGACACAGAUCGUCAUGGUGGAGAGGGUCAAGCAGUAUACGAAAAUACAUUCAGAGCCAGCAUGGGACAUACCCGAAAGACGUCCAACUCAUGACUGGCCAGACGCGGUGAAGUUCUUGCGAUAUAGAGAAGGCCUAGACCUUGUUCUCAAGGGAGUAACGUCUACAGUGCAUUCCAUAGAGAAGGUGGGCCUCGUGAACAAACUCAGGACGGAGCUCAGGAAGUCCUCUCUGACUCGGUCCCUGUUCCGGCUGAUAGAAGCUGCAGGAGGAGAGAUCAACAUAGAUGGCGUUGACGUCAGUACACUCGGGCUGCAUGACCUCAGGAGCAAACUCACCAUUCUACCUCAGGAUCCUGUACUGUUUGCCGGAAGUCUGCGAGGCAGUAUUGACCCCUUCAACCAGUAUUCAGGCAGUCAGAUCUGGCGGGCACUGGAACAGGCUCAUCUGAAGACGUUCGUGGAGGUACUUCCUGAUGGACUGGAACACGAGUGUAGCGAAGAAAGUGAAAAUUUCAGUGUUGGUCAGCGGCAGCUCUUGUGUCUGGCCAGAGCUCUCUUGAAGAAGACCAGGAUACUAGUACUGGAUGAGGCUACUGCAGCCGUUGACAUGGAAACAGAUGACCUGAUCCAGCAGACCAUCAGGUCAGAGUUCAAUGACUGCACGGUGCUGACCAUCGCCCACAGACUCAACACGGUCAUGGACUAUGACAGGAUCCUGGUCUUGGACAACGGCCAUGUGUGUGAGUUUGACACACCUUCCUCCCUGCUGCAACAGCCCGACAGCAUCUUCUACAACAUGGCCAAAGCUGCAGGAUUAACAACAUAA